CUACUUUUUUUAUUUUUUAUAAAUUUUAUUUUAUUUUCAAAUGGACAAGAUUAUUAUAAUGUUACCUAUAUUAAUUUAGUAGAGGAUAAUUACUCAUAUCAAUCAGAGGGGUGUAAUCCUUAUCUUUUUGUAGUUGUUAAAUCAAAUAAACUAAUAACUCAAUUUCAAUUGUAUAAUAGUAAUAACAAUCUUAUAUCAUCGAACCAAUCACCUUUCAAGUUAGAAUAUAAAAACUCAUUGUUUUAUAUAAGUGGAUAUUUUAAAGUAAACAUUGCAUAUGGCACAUCGUUUGAUACAAUAAAAUAUGCAGGUAUCAAUCAAGGUCAAAAUCAGGUUACAAUAUUAUUAGAUACAAAAUUUUCAUAUGAAUGCGAAAUAGCACCAAAUUUAAAACCAAAGAAUAUAAUAAAGAUUACUAAACCUUUAAAAAUACAAAGUUAUUUUAAUGUAUAUUUCGAAAAUUUAAAAAAACCUAUUCAAACAAUAGGUAAAGCACAACCUAUUGAUAUCUACCCAUUCCAACUUUCCUAUAUCAAAUCAGAGCCAUAUUUUAUGCAAUUCAGAUUAGAUUUUUUAGUUGGUUCUGCUACAGUACAAGCACCAAAAUAUUUAAACUUUUCAUGUGACUAUGACACUGACCGUUCAUUCCUUUUAUCAAUAGAGUCACCAAUUACAAGUAGUGAUCCAGAUAAGAUUAGCUCAUUUUUGAAAUUCCCUAAUUCAUUUGAAUAUGAAUCAUCAAAUAAUUGGGAUAUAAAUAAUAUUUUUAUUUAUAAUGCAACUGAACCAUUAUUUUUUUAUUCAAAAGUAGACAGAUAUCUACUAGAAACUGAUAAUAACCAAUAUACAAUUCUUGUAACUGGAAAUGAAAAAAAAGGUCAAUAUCUUUUCUCUACUUCAUAUUUUGAUUCAAAAAGAGAUGAAUCAGCCAUCGAUGCAAAUAUUGCAUUAAAUAUUUAUAACAAUCCCCCUCUUGAUAUUCAGACUGUUUCUAAUCUCGCCAUUUCAUCCAUAUCUGUUUCCCAAAUUAUUAUAAACUCAAUAUCUUCUUAUUUACAACAAUUUGAAUUUGAUUGUAGCUAUCCAGAUAACUAUAAUUUUGUUUUAUUAAUUGGAAAUUGUGAACCAUUAAAAUUAACAUAUCCAUAUGGUAUUUCUUCGUUGGUUUCUGGUUCAGCAAAAUAUAGGUUUUCAUAUUUUCCAAAUUUAAAUAAUAACCUUUUUAAAGUAGAGAUUCAAACUGAUGUAGCAGGAGCUGUGUUAAAUACACCCAGUGAAACAAAACAAGAUAUUGAACCACCAAUAUUAAAAUCUUUCGACAUUACCUAUCCAAGAGGUGGCGGAGGCAACUAUGCAGUAUUAACAGUUUCAAUCUAUGAUGAAUCUGCGAAUGGUGGAUCCGGUUUUUCUUUUUUAUACUAUGAUGGAAAUUACAUAGACGCAAGUGAUAGAAUAUCAGGCGAUAAGUAUGAUGGUGUAUAUCAAAAAUUAAUAUUUUUAUCAUUUAAUGAUAAUCAAUGUUAUCUUUUAGAUGUCGCCACAAACAACGUUUCAUGCGCUUUUGCUGUGGGAACACUCGAACUUAACCAAAAUGUUCAAUACUAUUUUAGUGUAGAUCCAUUAACAACAAUUCCAAAACUAGUUGACCAUAAUUUCCAAAUUGAUGACUUUUCAUUUGAAAGUUCAGUGUAUGAUUUAUCAGAAACAGGUGCAUUGGUUACAGUAUAUUUAAAUUUUACAACAUCAAAACCAGAUAUCCCAAUUUCAUUCUUUAUUUUAGAUAGAGUAUAUGCUGAUAAAUUUAUUGAUAUCAAUAGUAUUUCAAAUCGUUAUUUAAUGGAUCCAAAAUUAAAGAAAUUCAAAAUCACAUUUUACAUUCCACAAAAACUAUGUACUGGUACUCUUCCCUAUAUGUUU